UGAAUGGAAAGCAUUGAAUGAAUGGAGAACUCUAUUGAUGUACUGUUUGUCGGCAUUUAAAUCAAGUUUUUAUUAACAAUUAAAUUGUAUUGUUUUGACAAAACAUAUGACAUAUCAUUGAUUAUAAUGACCCGAUUGGUACCGAAAUUAUGGCCAUUUAUGCACUCAUUGGGUAAAAGCAAACUCAAGAUCAAUGUGCCAUUUGGUGUAUACGUGUUGACCUCACGCGCCAAUCAAACAAGUCAACCGCGAAAGUACACUGAAGUACACUUUCGGCGCAAACAAAUGUUGGCCGUCUGUGAACCGAUAUUAAUGAAAGAUAAACGAUUGCCGUCUGAGAAGUGCUUUAAUUUGACGCCAAUAGAAGAUCGUGGGAUUCAUCCGUUAGACAAACUAUUGGCUAAUGAUAUGAAACACGAGUUGAAGACUUCGCAUAUGAUUUGUUUCUUUCAUCAAAACUUGAUGACCAAUAGAGAGAAGAAAGGCGUCAAAAAUAUGUUUGAACACCAGGACAUGUAUUUGCGGUAUUAUAAUCCAGAUAUCGCUGAGUUAGCAUUGAUCGGUACGAAAUGGGAAUCAGCGUUACAUUUGUGUCGACAACAAGACGUAACUGUGCUCUUCUCAGCCAAACCCCAAGUUUCAAAACUAUUGAAAUUAACUAAAAAAUGUCCACAACUUGUUCUUAUGGCUGCCAUUAUUAACGACCGGUUUAUGAGUCUCGACGAUCUUAAAGAGUACAAUCGUUUACCUAAUUUGGAUACACUUCGCGCUCAUUUGUGUCAUACGUUAUCAUUGGCAACCAAAUCAAUGACAGAUAAAACUCUUUACCCGAUAUUAAGUUUGACCAAUAAUAUCGAUGUUUAUGUUAAAGAUCAAAACAAGUGAUUCUUAAAUAAAACUUUAUUGAAAUUCGUGUUUAAGUUAAAAGCAUUAUUUAUAUAUAUAUAUAUAAUAAAAGCAGUUUUGUAG